AUGGCUCCAGGACAGCUGUCUCCGGAGCCACAGGAGGGAUCACAGCAGAUCGAGAUUCCCCUACGUCCAUUUCCGUUAAGGGACAUGACUGCAUAUCAGUCGGGUCAGUCAAACUGGAGUAUCACCAAUCUUCCAGCAAUCCUGUAUGUCCUCAGGCCAGAGGACGAGCAUAAAACGCCAAGAUCUGAGGUGCCUCUGACUGACUUCGAAGUCUUUGGCCGGAGAGUUAGGCACUUUCCAUUUCUGCCACGGCAGAUUUCGUCCCAGGUCGAAGGCUGGCGGAUGGAAGCGUGGUUUCGUAUGGACCGCCGCAUCAGGCCGCAGGACUUCGUUGAUCGAAUGCAUCCAAACUGUAAUGUUGGAGUUGAAGAACUUGAGUAUCGCAGAAAAUCUUUCCGCAAAGAUUUCAAGGUUGCCCUCUGGGGCUCAGGCUCAUCGAUUGCUGCCCUCACCCGUGAGCUGAAGGCACGUGGCAUCGACCCAGCCCGCAACACCACAAGAGGGUUGACGCCAGGUCUCAUCGAUCCUGCAAAGGGGGAAGCUGGUGGACGAGUUCCUCUCCCGGGAAGCUGGCAAGCCCAUGUUCACCCUGAUGAAGGAGCAGCUGUUUCUCAGCGGCUUGCGCAGCUCGCUACAAUAGCACUGCAGCAAUCGCAGUCAUCGUCUGCUGAACCUAGCCCUCCGUCUUCCCUCACAGCCGCGUUUGCUGCACCAUCUUCUACACCUUCUGGCUCGAGCCCACCUUCUAGCUCGAAACCAUCAUCUAGCUCGAAAGAACAACAUGCAAGCCUUCUGAAAUCCUUCCAAGCUUCACGGACGAAAUCCACCAAGAGAGGGCCUCCAGACUCGCUCUUCUCUACUCCAACAAAGCAACCAAGGAGAAUGAUGCCAGGAGAACCCACUGAACAGAGCGUCACCAAGCCAGGAAUUCAAGAACAUGCAGGCAACGGCGGGCAAACUGCAACAGGCCAUGGUGAACAAGCCGCAGUUGGCUAUGGCAGGGAAGCUCCAAUGCGCUACGGCGGACAAACUGGAAUGGGCCUUGGUGGCCAACCUUCAAUGGGCUUUGGUGGGCAACCUGCAGGCUUUGGCAGUCAACCUGCAGUAGGACUUGGUGAGCAAACUGCAACGGGCUAUAGUGGACAAGCCACAAUAACCUACGGUGCAUGGCGUACAGCACCACGCAUGAUGAUCCCCCCGGCACCCAUUACUCGCACGGUUAACUACUUUCCAUUUGAGUAUCCAGAUCCGACAGAGCAUGAGCUCACAGAACUUAAUUACAUUGUGCCGCCUAGAUUGAACCCUACCAGGAAUGAAGACCCCCUUUGGAAAUACCUCAGAGAGAAUAAUCUCACAUACCAGCAGUUCUUUGAACAGCAGCGGGAAAGGGAACUGAGGAUACAAACACAAGUUCUGGUGUUUAGAUUCUGGGAGAGAAGGAACGUUGAUGAAGAAUUGGUGACAGAACUUUGUACGAUUAACUUAUGGACUCUUCUCCUCGAGCAGGAGAUUUCCAGAGAUUAUCAUAAAGACUACGAAUUACAAGAAUAG